UCGGUGUUUUUAAUCAACUGUUUUCAUUCAGCAACAUAUUUUGUAACAUUGGAAUAUUGUAAGACAAGACACAAAUUAUUAUGGCGGCUCCUUAUUCUUGUCAUGAUUUUCUUGGUUUUCAAGAUGCUCUUAAGAAAAUGCGAGAUAUUGACGAUAAGAUUAUAUAUGCCCUCAAUACGUCUCUACCAACUGAAUCUUUUAAGGGUCAAGUAGACAGUGAACAGACCUGCCGAGACUUGUAUGGUAAACUGAGAGUGGGCCAUAAACAGCGUGAAGAGGCUAUACGAAACUGCAUUAUGGUAUCUGCCGAAUCGUUGAAGGAAUUACGGGAGAAACGUGAGGCUCAGCCCGAUGAUAUGGACUUGAACAAAAAAUUCAAGUCCGAACAAAGAAAGCUGCGAGUGUUACAGUCUGAACUCAAUGUGGAGGAUAUCGUUAAGGAUCGCUCCUACAAAGCAUUUAAUGAAAGAUGCAGGGUUUAUUUCAGAGCAGGCGAUGUAGCUUUAUGAUUGCCUAAAGAAAAUCAUAAAACCGAAUCUAAACGCAAUAAGACUUCAUAUGCAAGUCCUCAAAUUGAGGAGGAGUUGCUCAACAGAUUUUAAAGUUUUUUUCUUUCGCCGGAUAUAAGUACAACGUCUUACCAUAAUGUUGGCAUUUUGAUUUUCUUAUGUAAUUAAAGAUUGAACAAUUCUAGAAAUAGGUCAAAUAUGUUAUUGUUAUUUUGUAAUUCUUUUUCCUUAAAAAAAAAGAACAAUGAAAUUCUUUGCCAAGAAUCAUAA